AUGCUGCCAUGCUUUGAAUUGAUCAUUUCCUCUAACCUGGUGACAGCGGUCAAAGAUUUGGUCAUCAUCCUUAUUCGGGGACUACCUCUGGCUAUCAGACGGAGAAUCCCAUUGAGGCUCUGGUUCGCAUCAUUGGUCGGUCGAACCUUAUUAGGGAGUUUCAGCCCCAACCAGAUUCAAUAUCUGACCACGCCGACAUUGGAGGUGUACGAGACAUGGGUCAAGAAACAGCGAGCCAAGUUAAUCCAGCAGACGCCACAAGGUUCUUUGAAUCUAUUGAACCUUGACAUUGAGAACCUUGGCGGCACGGGAGCGUCAGUUAUGUGGAUUGGAGACCGUAAGGAAGCAUCCAAGAUUGUCCUCUUCUUCCAUGGCGGCGGAUAUAUCUCGCCUCCCCUUCCUGGUCAUUUCACUUGGUGCUGGGAAGCGUACGUCAACGCUAGUCUGGGGGCCAAGGCUCAAGUUGCAGUUGCAGUAUUACAGUACACUCUUUCGCCCAGAGCCCAGUACCCUGACCAGCUUCGCCAAGCCUCUUCAGCUCUAAACCACCUACUUCAAAGUGGCGUCAACCCGCGCGACCUCAUCUUUGGAGGCGACUCAGCCGGUGGAAACAUGUCAGUCCAGCUCCUCUAUCACAUACUUCACCCUCAUCCGAACAUCCCACCUGUGAAGCUGGUUCAGCCUGUUGCUGGCAUCUUCUUGGUGUCUCCUUGGCUUAGUUAUCGAACCGAUACGGCUUCAUUCAAAGAAAACAACAAUGUCGAUAUGCUCUCGUCGGGCCUCAUCCAACAGACAUCCCACCACGCAGUUCGUCGGGAUGAUUUAGCGCCCAAGUCUAGUGAGGCUCAUCCCGUGUGUGCAAUGGACGGGGACCUGUCUUGGUUAGAACAUGUUCACGAUAUUACGGAUGCACUCUAUGUCACUGCUGGUAGACAAGAAGUAUUUCGAGAUGCCAUCGUGGGGUUCGCAGAGGCUGUCCGGAGGAGGUGUCCUUCUGUAAGCGUUGACCUUGAAGUUUCCGACCACGAGGCUCAUGACUACAUUCUCCUCGAAAACGACGCGGGAAUCAUCGGAGAUGCGACCCAAAGGAUGAGGCGAUGGGCGUCAGGCAGAUUUGCGACCUAUGAGUCUUUGUAG